UUUCUUCCUAUCCACCAAUUAAGUAAUACUGAGGCAUUCAGAAGUCAUACAGAGUGUCCUACCAAAGCUACUAACGUACUUAAAGCCUGUGAUGAAAUGUAUACAGUGACUGUCCACUAGACAACAUCAUACUGAAAUGUUUUAAAGACUCUAAAACAUUUCUAAUUCUAGCUGGGGAAAAAGGAAAAUAGAUUUGUGUUGCGGCAAGCAUCUUUACUCACGAAUGGGAAACCAGCCUGCAUGUGAAUCAUCAUGGAUUUCUUGACAACAGACAUAAUAGGGAGCACGUUGAAUGUCACUACCACUGCAGAACCAACCAUACCCUUGAUCUACACCAGUCAAACAGAUGCUACAAUCAUCGCCUCUUUGGGGAUCACCAUAGGAAUACUUGGUAUGAUAGGUAACUUAUUGGUGCUCCUGGCCGUCUCUCUCUCCAAGGACCUCCAGAACUCCACAAAUGUUUUUGUGGUGAGUCUCUCUAUAUCUGAUUUCAUCUCAUCUGUCUCUCUGCCAUUCCAAGGCAUAUCAGUGCUCUCUGAGUCUGGAUGGCCUUUUGGGAAAGGGAUGUGUGAUCUGCUGGGAACGAUAUUCAUCUGGUCUAACCCAACCAGCAUCCUGACUUUAACUGCAAUUGCAGUCAACCGUUACAUUAUCAUCACCAAGGGUAAGAGAGUACAACAGAAGAUCUACACACACCGUGGAAAUGCCUUCAUGGUAGCACUUGUGUGGCUGUUUCCGUUCCUAGUUCUGGUGAUGCCUCAGCUGAUUCCCGCAACGGGUGGGAUAGUGUAUGCUCCCAACUUCAGAUCCUGUAUGUGGGAUUUGGAACAUCCUUUAGCUAUCGUCUUUCAAAGUAUAGCCUCGAUCAUCUUUACUGGUUGUACCUUCAUCAUAUUCUUCUGCUACAUUGCAAUCUACCGUUUUGUCCGGGGACAUGUCAUCAACACACGCAGCAGGCUGAGAGAAUCCAAUGACAACCUGGCAAUCGAUGGCAGAACCAACCAGCAGUCAUCGCGAAAGGGCCCAAGUGUCAAACAGAUCAAUAUCACCAAAAAUUUGGCUCUUGUUGUGGUAGUCUUCUUCAUCUGUGUUUUGCCUUUCGCACUGAAUCUGUAUUCACCACACCUUGGAUUACACACAGCAUAUCUAGCCGGUCUUGUGCUUCUCCCUAACUGUUUGAACCCUAUGAUUUACGCAGCGCGUCAUCCCUGCUUCAAGGUCGUCUUCAGAAGCAUGUUUACAUGCAGGUUUCACAAUAUUCCUCAUCCAUCGGAAUGGCUCAAAGCCCUUCUUCACGACGCAGGUUCAGUGAACAGAACAACACAAUCAAGCUCUACAGUUUGAUGCAUGUCUAAUGUGUGCCUUCUUGAAAAAAUAAGAAAAGAUAUAUACCUUUCUGUCAGGGUGUUCAUAGAAAUCACACACAAGAUGUCUUUAGAACGGUUUGAAGCCCAUAGUACACACAGAGAAAAAGAGGUGUAAAUUUACUCCCUAUAGGGAGUAAAUGCUUGUCGCAUAAGUGACACCCCUCAGGGAGUAAAUCUACUCCCCAAUGUAGGGAGUAAAUUAACAUCCCACAAGAAGGUGUAAAUUUGCACCCCAUGGUUAUGAUUUUACUCCCUUUAAGGAGUGAAAUUUGCACCCAAUGGUGCUUAAUUAACACCUUUUGGUUCCAUUUUCAUGAAAAAUGGGUUCAAAUUUACACCCGUGGGGUUGAAUUUUAUACCCUAUAUGAUCGAUUCCACACCCUGUGAGAAGUAAAUCUACAUCCUUUUAUUGCACAGCAUCAACCCUCGAGCAAUCAAUCAUCCAUGCUUCGUAAUCACCUAAAAGCAGUGGCGGAUCCAGGGGGGGGGGCGGGGGUUGAUGAUUCAUGGUAAAUAAAGAGAUAAGAAGGGAUAGAUGCAAUAGAAAUGUUUACAAUUUAUUUUGUAUUUUCCUAUUCCUUAGCCCUGUCUUAUGACAUUUUAAAGGAAAAGUCCACCCUGAUAUAAUUUGAUUUUUAUAGAAGUAGAAAAAUGAGAGGAGCAGGUCAGUGACAGUUUGAGCAAAGACCCGCAUUCAAAAUAAGAAAGUUCCUAAUUUUUUCAAUUUCAAUUUCAAUUUAUUCAUGUUACAAUAAAACAUUAAACAUCAAUUAAAAACAUUUAAAAUAAACGUAGAAAUACAUGUUGAAAACAGAGGGGUCUUCUAAAAAGCCAUUCUUGUACAAGUGUGAACACCUCAAAUGAUACUUAGGAAUAAUGAGUAAUUAA